AUGCACAGAAAGGAUUGGCGCUCUUGCUUAAUUACCGACAUCCUUACCUACCACCCCGGCCCUGUCGAACAAUUUCGCCUUGGCCGCACCCACUCCGGCAGCCGCGAGCCACUCCGCGACUCCUGGUUUCAAAUUCUCGCCCAAAAGAGCGUCUACCAGAUCGAACUGGAUUUCCCCUCCUUCCACCGCCGGCAAGAUCUGCCGGCCUCGCUCCUCGCCUGCGAGACUCUACGCACGCUCUCGCUGAGCAAUUGUCGACUGCCGGACGCCGCUGCCGCCCCAUUCAACUUCCUCCACCUUACCGACCUCAGCCUCUGCUGCAUGGAUCUGACGGAGGAGGUCAUAUCCAGCAUACUUUCAGGCUGCCCAGCACUUGCCCGCUUAUCACUCAUCCACAAUUUUCCCGUGCCUCGGAUUAGAAUCCGAUCUCGCCGUCUUCUUACCAUGACGGUUCGAGGCAAUUGGAUUGGCGAGCUUAUUAUCGAGGACGCCGAGAAACUUACACGGCUGGUUUUGGAUCGGUCGGAACCGAAGACAUCUUUGAAGAUCAUCAAUGCCCCGAUGAUCAAUACGGUCGAAUAUUGA